AUGAGGGAAGAACAGCCUCCAUACAAGUCGAGCUCGGUGUAUAAUGAACUCCGUUUUGAGGGGAAAUUUUGUGAUGCAAUCAUCAAAGUGGAGGAUGUCGAAUUUCCGGUCCACAAGAUAAUCCUGUGUAACUGCACCCCGUACUUCAGAGCUCUCUUCACCUCCUGGAGCGACACAGACAAACAGGUCUUCAACAUACCUGGCUUGUCUCCUGAGAUGAUGGCACUCAUCAUUGACUUUGCAUACACUGGCAGUGUUUCCGUAACGGAGGAAAACGCAGUGGAACUUCUCAUGGCAGCUGAUCAGCUCAAUGUAAUGGACAUUGUAAAAAUCUGCAGUGACUUCCUCGGGGAACAACUCUGCGCAGAGAACUGUGUUGGCAUUUGGCAGUUCACAAAAGUACACUUAUCACCCGAACUACGUGCCAAGGCCUACCACUACAUCAUCAGUAACUUUGAGCAGGUGGUUCUUCAGGAGGAGUUCCUGCAGCUAACUGUGGAGGAACUUGGUGAUAUUCUUGAAAGAGAUGACCUCAAUGUACAGUGUGAGAACACUGCGUAUGAAUCACUUAUAAAGUGGAUUAGCCAUGUACCGGCAGAACGGGAACAACACCUCACCGCUCUGUUGUCUAAGGUCCGACUGGGACUGAUGACUUUAGACUACCUAAGGAACAAUGUGCAGCGCAGUGAGCUGGUGCGGACCAAUUCUGAGCGUCUGUCCAUGAUAAAUGAUGCCAUCUUAUUCGUACAAAAUAUGACCAACAGACCCUAUGUGUUUCGCCUCUGUCCCCGUUUUGCUCGUCCCCGCCUGCCUCAUUCCGUCCUGCUGGCCAUUGGGGGAUGGAGUGGCCGUGGUCCAACUAACGCCAUCGAGGCCUACGAUUACCAGGCUGAAUGCUGGGUCAAAGUAACAAACAACCUCGAGCGCCCUCAUGCCUAUCAUGGAGCCGCCUUCCUCAACGGGUACGUCUACUCCAUUGGUGGCUUCAACAGGGUGGAGCAUUGCAACAGCGUCCGUAGGUUUGACCUGACCACUCGCACCUGGAAUGAGGUGGCACCCAUGUACUGCCGCCGCUGCUAUGUGAGCGUGACUGUGUUGAAUGGGUUCAUCUAUGCCAUGGGAGGCUACGACGGGCAUGUACGACUCAGCAGUGCAGAGCGCUAUCAACCUGAAAUCAACCAGUGGAGUCUUAUUGCAUCCAUGCAUGAACAGAGGAGCGAUGCCAGCUGCACAACACUGCACAGCCGGGUUGGUGGCUUCGAUGGAAACAACCGUCUGCGCACCGCUGAGGCUUACAACCCGCAAACCAAUACGUGGAACCUCGUGUCCUCUAUGUUGACCCGCCGCAGCAACUUUGGCAUUGCGGUAAUCAAUGAUCGCCUCUUUGCUGUCGGGGGCUUCAACGGCGUCACCACCAUUUUCAAAGUUGAGUACUACGACACUUUAACCAACCGGUGGUUUAAAGCGCGUCACAUGGGGAUUUUCCGCAGUGCCCUGAGCUGCUGUGUGGUGUCCGGACAUCCCAACCUGUCUGAUUACACAUUCCACGUGACAUCCUGA